AUGAUGAUCUCUUCCGCGCAUACUACACUUUUUGUUGGAGCAUCUCUCAUUCGUCACAGUAAUAAUAGCUUAAGAAGCUUAGCAUUUUGUUUACCUUUCUCAUCUUCCGCUGCUUCUCUCUCUUCUGACAAGCGUUCCAACAAGAAAUGGAGACAACCAGUACUCUCUUCAUUGGAGCUUGGCGGAGUCAAGAUUACCAAACAAGAUGUAGUGAGGGAUGAUCCAACAAACAAUGUUCCAGACAACAUAUUUUCAAAACUUGGAAUGCAGCUUCACAGGAGGGAUCAACACCCCCUUGGGAUACUCAAGAAUGCGAUAUACGAGUAUUUUGACACAAAUUAUUCAAACAAGUUCAAUAAAUUUGACAACCUCUGUCCUAUUGUUUCAUUGAAGCAGAACUUUGAUGAUGUCUUGGUUCCUGAAGAUCAUGUGAGUAGGAGCUAUAAUGAUACAUACUACAUAGACCCUCAAACUGUUUUAAGGUGCCACACAAGUGCUCAUCAGGCAGAAUUAUUGAGAGAUGGAUACACUCAUUUCCUUGUUACCGGGGAUGUUUAUCGAAGGGAUUCAAUUGAUUCUACUCAUUAUCCUGUCUUCCAUCAAAUGGAAGGCUUUCGGGUUUUUGUUCCAGAGGAAUGGGAGGCUUCUGGGAUGGAUGCCACGUCAUUUUCAGCAGCAGACCUAAAGAAAUGCCUUGAGGGUCUAGCACGCCAUUUAUUUGGUGAUGUGGAAAUGCGAUGGGUCGAUACGUAUUUCCCAUUUACUAAUCCAUCAUUUGAACUUGAAAUAUAUUUCAAGGAAAAGUGGUUGGAGGUUUUAGGGUGUGGAGUGACAGAGCAAGAGAUUCUGAAAAGAAAUGGGGUAUCUAAUAAUGUUGCUUGGGCUUUUGGCCUAGGUUUGGAGAGGUUAGCUAUGGUUCUAUUUGACAUACCGGAUAUUCGUCUCUUUUGGUCAAACGAUGAGCGAUUUACCUCCCAGUUCUCCAAGGGCCAGUUAGGGGUCAAAUUUAAGUCAUUUUCAAAGUAUCCUCCUUGUUACAAGGACAUCAGUUUCUGGAUCAAUGAAUCAUUUACUGAAAACAAUUUGUGUGAAGUUGUCAGAGGAGUAGCAGGGGAUCUUGCAGAAGAGGUGCAAUUAAUAGACAACUUCACCAACAAGAAAGGAAUGACCAGCCACUGCUAUAGGAUUGCAUAUAGGUCUAUGGAGCGUUCUCUUACUGAUGAUGAAAUUAACGAUCUGCAGUGGAAAGUAAGAGAACUGGUGCAGAACAAAUUGGAAGUUGUCAUAAGAUGA